CACAUGACUGCAACUCAAUGCGUUUAGGCAUGUAGACGUGGUGAAGACCGCUGAAGUUCAAACAGCAUCCGAAUGGGGAAGAAAGGGGAUCUAUCUAUCUACCUAUCUAUCUAUCUAUCUAUCUAUCCCGGAGCUGCUGCACUGAGCUGUUUCAGACACACUUUUUUGUCUUUUCUUACAUCCAAAAACAUCUGUAUCUUUGUUUUUCUUUUCUCCCUUCACUCCUGUCAGCUUCGGUGCUAAUCUUCGUGAACAGACUCGAGCUGAGAGGCAGCUCCUGACUGAAGGAGUUAAGAGAAAGAUGACGGACUUACAGAUUCAGCAGAAAAGGGGAAGGGAAAAUGGGGAAAAAAGGCACAAUGCAUGUAGAGAGAGAGAGAUUGAGAGAGCGAGCCAAUACGAUACAAGGGCGAGAGAGCUUUGGUGAAAAUACAGAGAGGGGGAGAGAGAGAGAGAGCGCAGGAGAUCCCAGAGAGGAGCUGCAGACGGCGGCUGUAAGCAUGAAGGCAGGAAAACGACGAGCUCCUGGUUCAGCCUCAACAACUUAACAAGCAGAGAGGCUUCCUUCCUUCCUCCUCCUGCUUCUUUCUUUUUACUUGUUUUCUCUUCAUAAAGUGGAAUUACACCAAGAGAUUCCACAAGAGAUCACGGAGGGAAAAAAGGUCGACUUCAAAAACUACUUCAGAUCUUCACAUGGAGCUAAUAUUUCAACAUAUGAGCGCAGACUUCAAGGACGAGAAACCUGCAGCUUCAAACGGAUUCUAUAAUCAGAAGAAGAGGAGGGCUUUUUUCCAAGACAUGUGAGUCAAAGUCAGUGUCGGAUUGGGAUCUUUCGAGCUUCUUCUUCUUCUUUGUGUUUCCAUGUGGCACUCGGCGAGGUUUAAUUUGAUUCAGAAUUUGAGAUCAAACAGCUGGAUGAUGCUAUUUUAGUUUCCCCACGUGGAGAUCAUGGAGGCAGUCAGCGACCGGUCGUGCUGAAUGACAGAUAAUUACCAGAGUGAUAAAUGGUGCUGUGUUUAUGGUAUUCACCCGGGCAAAGACAGCCAGUGAAAGAUGAGCAGACUUCCCCCGUCCUCGCACCGCUCUGACCCACUUUCCUGAAGCGAGCUGCCACCAUGAACCUUCGCGGAGGCAACGUGUCGGAGCUGAUCUCCAACACGGUCCGAGCUGUCACCUCCCUGGAGUCCAACCCCUGGCUGCCACGUGGCCCGGAGGAAGGCCGGGUCGGUAACGCCACCAACCCGGCGUGUCAUGACUCGCACUCGGGGAACUGGUCGCACCACAACCCCGGAGGAGUGUUCGGGUCACCGUGUCCGUCCUCGGCGCCGCCAGCGGAGAAGAACUGGGCGGCGCUGCUGAUCCUGCUGGUCAUCGCCGUCACCGUGAUGGGGAACAUCCUGGUGAUCCUGGCCGUGUCGCUGGAGAAGAAGCUCCAGAACGCCACCAACUACUUCCUGAUGUCGCUGGCGGUCGCCGACAUGCUCCUCGGCAUCCUGGUCAUGCCGGUUUCCAUGGUGACCAUCCUCUACGAUUACGGGUGGCCUCUGCCCCUAGAUCUGUGUCCCAUCUGGAUCUACCUAGACGUCCUGUUCUCCACGGCGUCCAUCAUGCACCUCUGCGCCAUCUCUCUGGAUCGGUACAUCGCCAUACGGAACCCAAUCCACCACAGUCGCUUCAACUCACACACCAAGGCCCGCAUCAAGAUCAUGGCAGUGUGGACCAUCUCAGUGGGGAUCUCAAUGCCGAUUCCCGUCCUGGGGCUCCGAGAUCACUCCAAGGUCUUCAAAGACGGCAGCUGCCUGCUGACGGACAACAACUUUGUGCUGGUCGGCUCCUUCGUGGCCUUCUUCGUCCCCCUUACCAUCAUGGUGGUCACCUACUUCCUGACCAUCAACGCCCUGCAGAACGAAGCCACCCUCUGCUUGGACCAGCUGGUGCCGCGGCCCAAAUGGAGCGCCACAUUCACGCUUAGCUUCUUGCCGCAGACAUCGCUGUCCUCUGAGAAGCUCUACAGACGUUCGAUAAGCCGCGAGGCUGGAAGCCGGGGGAGCAGCGGCGGACUGGGCGGUGCCCGAGGCAGCGUCUCCGGGUCGCUGUUCGGGCGCCGGAACAUGCAGUCGAUCAGCAACGAGCAGAAGGCGUCCAAGGUGCUCGGGGUGGUGUUUUUCCUCUUCGUGGUCAUGUGGUGCCCGUUCUUCAUCACCAAUGUGCUGGUGGUGGUGUGCGAUCCGGCGGUGUGCGACGCCGGAGUCAUGGGAGGCCUGCUGAACGUUUUUGUCUGGGUCGGGUACCUGUCCUCCGCCGUCAACCCGCUGGUCUACACGCUGUUCAACAAAACGUACCGAGCCGCCUUCCUGCGCUACGUUCGCUGCCAGUACCAGCCGGAGAAGAAGCCCCUGCAGCUCAUACUGGUGAACACCAUCCCCCCGCUGGCCUACAACUCCACCCAGCUGCCCCUCGGAGACGUCGGGAAGCUACGAAACGGAGUGGCGCACUCUGGCAGCGAGGGAAAAGAAUUCUCUUUACCCGGGCAGGAAACAGAGAAGUGUAGGCCGGACAAAAGCCCCAGAGACAAAGACGAGAGCUGCGUGUGAAGGUCCAACAUUUCAUCUCCAAAGGAUUUGAGAUUUAGAGUCAAAGUGCCAAAGACAAAGUGCCUCCCAGUCAGGAGUCUGGAAACACUGAGGUGUCUCACAAAGAGUGAGAAAAGUCUCUGCGUUUUCAGCAUUUCCAACUCAAGUUGAAGUUCUGGUCCUCAGAUUCACCCAACAGAGUCUAGAUCAGCUGAGUCGAGUUGAUUGUUUUACCCUAAAAUGAUGUAAAUGGAUGCUUCUGACUGCUCUUUCAAAGCCUCCUGCACACUGCCACAAAAUGGAUUUCAUCUGGAAAACAUAUCAGUUUAUUUUCCACUGAGUUGAACCGGAGAAACAAAAAGAACCGACUUGUCCUUGGAAAUUGAAAAACAAAAACUGACGUACUUAUUUUAUAACACGUCUUUGGACAAAAAAAAGAGAAAACAAAUAUCACAGAUUCUUUACAUAAUUAGAUUUUCCACGGAUGCUCAGCUGCUGUGACCUCCGAUAACCCUUCAUUCUGCCGGCUCCUCAGCGGCAGCAAGAAGGUUUCUACCUCCCAUCACACCUUUGGGUGGAUCAGCGGGGAUUAGACUGGAUUUCCUGCGACUUUAUCAGAUGAUAGUGUCGGGAUGAGCCCUGCCAUGCCGGGACUCCAGACACUUGCAGAGGUCAGAUAAAGCUGCCAAAAAAUAAAAAAGGGAAGAAAAACCUCCUGCUGAAUUUUCCUGUGGAGAAUAACACGAGGGAGAAUUUGAGAUGCACACAAGGCAGCGACGUUACAGAGACACCGUAAAUAAAUCUAUAUUUGUAUUUUGUGCAGAUAUCUGUGAAUAAAUGUAUAUUACUAUUGAGGUUAAACAGAUUUUAUUUCCAACACGUGAUGCAGUAUGAAGAUGAGAUUAUAUGGGGAGGUACUGAGGAGGAUUUAAGUGUAAAAGUCUUUUUUAAAAUUGUGUUCCAGCCAAACUAUCAGUGCACAUUGGCACCUGAUUUCCAGAGGAAUUUUCCAGAAACAUACAGCUGUUUCUGCAGGUUUUUACACAUUAUAAAAGAUGGUCUGGUGGUUGGCUCUGUGAAUAUUGUUUUAAAAUCUGUUGCAAUGGAGCUGCUGUGUGAGAUUGAAGACAAAAUGAAGAUCAGUGCACAAAGGUGGACUUGAAUAAUGGAUGUAUUAUCAACACAGAUGUCAGAGGAAAUGCAAGGGACACCUUUGCUAUUUUUGGAACAUGAAAAAAGCUAAUUUUGUGUUUUUCUUUAUCCAAAUUAAGAUAUUUAUGCAGAGAAGGAAGAUAAUGCUGCAAAAAAACUGCACCAGAAUGCAGAAAAUGACGUGUUUGAUGCUCAAAAUUUUCACCCAAACUUAAGCUAAGAGCUCUGGCUGAUUGGCAUUAAAUGUCACAGAAGACUUUCUCAUGGUGACAUCUUACUAAUUUAUCUUCCCAUAAUGCUUUCUAUGAUAUUUUCCAUUAUCUAGAUAAAGAUAUUGAUGCAGAAACGGUUAAAACAAUGGUAAAUAUGGUAAAACUUGAUAAGCUUACACAUGGGUCAUGUAGUUUGUGACGUCAGUUUUUCGAUUGUGAGGCAAAUUUUGUGUUUUUCCUUUGUCUAAAUUAAUAUAUCGAUGCAGAAAAGGAAGAAAAUGGUGCAAAACGUUGCAUCACAAUACAUCAAAGGAAGUGUUUGAAGCUCAAAAUUUUUACCCUGCAUAGAGCUCGGGCUGAUUGACAUUAAACGUUACAGAAGACUUUCUCAUGGUGCCCUCUUACUAAUUUAACUCCUCAUAGUGCUCUAUGUGAUAUUUUCCAUUAUCUAAAUCCAGAAACUGAUGAAAAAAAGUUUUUUAAUGGUAAAAGUAGUAAGACAUUUAGUUUGUGGCAUCAGUUUAUCGACUGUGAAGCAAAUGUUGUGUUUUUCUUUGUCUGAAUCAAUAUAUUGAUGCUGAAAAUUAAGGAAAUGGUGCAAAAAAUUCACCAGAAUGCAGGAAAAUUAAGCAUUUUCUCCCAGACCUCCACGAUUAUCGAAGUUCAUUCACACUAAAGAGCUAGUAAGAGCUGAUAGGCAUUAAAUGUCCCUUCUACUAGUUUAGAUCCCACAAUGCUCUCUGCUGUGUUUCCCUUUAUCUAAAUCAAGAUGUUGAUGCUCCAAAGGCAGAAAAUAUUGAAAAAAUCUAAACUACUUGAGCUUCCACAUGGGUCAUUUAGUUUGUCAGUUCAUCAUCUGUGAAGCAAAUUUUGUGUUUCCCUUUGUCUGAAUCAAGAUGUUAAUGCAGAAAAUGGUGCAAAAAUAUUCACCAGAAUGCAAGAAAUUAAAUGUUAGUGCUCAAAAUUUUCACCCAGCUCCCCAUGAUUAUCAAGAUGCAUUCACAACAGGGCUGCAGAUUUAAAUUAGUAAGUGGCUAAUUGGCAUGAAAUGUCACAGAAGACUUACUAAUGGUGCCACUUUACCAGUUUAACUAGAUUAAUAAAGCUCUCUGCUGUGUUUUCUUUUAUCUGAAUCGACAUAUCGAUUCAAAAAGCCAGAAAAUGGUGCAAAAAUGUAUCUAAAACCAGUUGAACUUGCACAUUGGGUGGUUAGUUAGUGAUAUCUGCACAGUCAGUUCAUCAGCUGCAGUGAUUACUGAUUUUACCCUGUGGAGCUUUUUCUAAAACAGACAAAGUAUUAUUAUUAUUAUUAUUAUUAUUAUUAUUAUUUCUGCAUUCUGGUGCAUAUUAAGUAUUUCUCACUAAAUAUGCUUUGUUGAGUGUAUUUGCAGUUAUCUGUUUUUACAGACACCUCUUUUAUGAUAGAGUUUUAUCUGAUGUCAUCUGCACUUUAAUGACUGUUAUCAUCAGAAUCAUUCACAUACGGAUGGGCCAGGAGGGACCUCUUCCAUCUUCUAGUACACUCAGAAGUGUCAUCGUAAUCCCAUAAAAUGUUGCUCCUUUAUCACAUCAUUUAGUAGCAGAGGAGGCGUGGUUUUACAAAGAGAAGCACAAGUCCAUAUUCAGAGGUUGGAGGAGUUAGAAGAAGAGAAGGUCAGAAAUAUGGCACAAGGACAUCCACAGAAUACAGGAAAUGAAGUGUCUGAAGUUUAAAACUGUCACCCAGACCUCCAAAAUUAUCAAGUUUUAUUAUUCACAUCAAAGCUGCAGAUUAGAGCGAAUAAGAGCUCUGGCUGCUGGACAUUAAACGCCACAGAAAAUUUUGUCAUGGUACCCCCUUAUUUGCUAAACUCCCACAAUACUCUCUGCUUGCCAACAUAAACCACCGAUAGGCCAAGUGAGAGCCCCUCUGGUCUCUUUAACAGUAAGAAGCUCCAUCUGGUGGAACAGCCAGGUACUACAGCUAAUCAACAUUACAUUUUCUGACAUUAGCAGCAUGUGAUGUGCCAAAUUUUGUUCCAAAAAUAGAGUCAAAUGAUGCAUUUUGUCAAGCCAGCUAACGAAGUCUUGUCUUGUUUAAAGUUCCAUCUUGUCUUACUGUUUGACACUUCAGGUUUACUUACAUUUUUAGCCCAUGUUUGGCUAAAUGUAGGCAUCAAAACUACUUUUAGUGACUCCACAAGCAAUUUUAAAUGCACAUACUUACACAGUGUGAUAUUAUUGGGUUUACCUUGAGUCUGUCAGGGAACAGACUGGAUAAUAACACACCUACUGAACAAUCUACGAAGCAGACAAAGAACUCCUGUAUUUUUCUUUGUCUGAAUCAAUAUACUGAUGGAGAAAAAAGCAGGAAAUGGUGCACAGAAUAACCGCGCCAGAAUAUAGAAAAUUAACUAUUUGAUGUUCACACUUUUCACCAAGACUUGACCUAAUAAGAACUCUAGCUGAUAGACAUUAAACAUCACAGAAGACUUUCUCGUGGUGCCCUCUUACUAACUUAACUCCCCAUAAUGCUCUUUGCUAUAUUCUUCCAUUAUCUAAGUUAUAUAUGGCCCUUACUGGUCCAUAUGUAUGAGAAUGAUGAUCAUAGGCUAAUAACAACCUAAUCUUGUGUUUGCGGCCAAAAUGCUGACUUAUUUUUGUCACAGAGCCAUGUUGAACCACUGGGACAAGUUGUUGUUAAUUCAUUCAUGGCUUGAAUAAUGACCACCCAUUCAACCCUGUUCUCCAGCAGAUAAUGCACAACCUGUUUCACCCAACACCCUGCAGAGAAGAGUUAACAGGAACUCUGAACACAAAAGGCAACAAAAGUUAUGAUAGGUGUGCAAAUACAAAGCGGAAUGUAAAGGAUAAGAAUCUCCUAUGACGGCAAAAAUGUACAACAAAGCUAUGAAUCCAUGUUCCCUGCAAAUGUUGAUUUGGCUUUUAUAAAUGGAAUGUAAAGGGGACUUCAAAGUCUUUCUUUAAAGCCACAAUGGUUCAAUCUUCAACUAUAAAUCCUAUAAAGAGUGGAAUUUUGAAAACGUGGCUGUUUUAUUCUGCACAUGAUGAAAGUAGCUACAGACAGACCUCAGGGGAUAUUACGAGUUAAAGAAUGAUAUGAUGCUUGUUGCACUCAAUGUCAUACAGAGCGACAGUCAAGUAAAAAAAAAGGUUUUCAGCUAAAGCAUGAAGCAGGCUGAUUAUUUAUUGUCACCACAGCUGGUAUUUACGACAUCAGACGACCUCAGAAUAAGGAUUCAUUCAGCAGAACAGCACUGAAGAAACACAAAUAAAAGCCCAGUAAGUGACAUUUAACAACACGUACUUACACAUACUUCUACCCGCCGAGUCCAAACCUACGUUCACAUAGAAACAGAAAAGUCCAAUUUUUCAGCUAUCCCACAAGUUUCUGCCCAAAUGAAGUUCUACACCAACUUUGGGGAGAUAAAAUUGUAAGAUUGGAUGUAAUUUUGAUUUUUAGGAUCCUGUUUUGGUCAAAAAGUGAACAGCCAAGUGGCUAAUAAAUCACGCAAAGAAACAGACAACAGGCUGUGGUUUAUUGAGAAAAUUCACUUUAUUUUACAAUCUGGGUCAUAACUUUAAUAUUUAUUGGAUAUUACUCCCAUCAGUUCUAAAAUCUGUUUUUAUGAUAACUCAUUAAGUUAAAUACUACAAUCUGGAGAUGAAAUUUACAACCAAAGAAAAGCUCACUUUAGUCAAAUUUAAAAAAACAAAACACACAUACAGAAUGGUGGAUAGAGCAGCCACAAACAACCCCUACACUGUUGAGAGGCAGAUAACUGCAAGUAUCAGAAGAGUGUUUCAUUUUAUCAGACAAGCAUCAAAAUUAGCUAUAUAUUUUCACAGAGUAUAAUCUUAUUGGUCGAUUUGUUUGGUUUUCAUGUGAAAAUAUGUGGAAUUUAGCAUCUAAAAUCCAGUUUUAACACAACAACUUACACUACUGUUCAAAAGUUUGGGGUCUCCCAGACAAUUUCAUGUUUUCCAUCAAAACUCACACUUUUAUCCAUGUGCUAACAUAACUGUAAAAGGGUUUUCUAAUCAUCAAUGAUCCUUUCAACACCAUUAGCUAACAUAAUGUAGCAUUAGAACACAGGAGUGAUGGUUGCUGGAAAUGUUCCUCUGUAUUCUCAUGGAGAUAUUCCAAACCUUUGAACGGUAGUGUAUAUAUUAAUUGCACGUUUAGAAGAUUUGGGAUGGGGUGUAGCAUUUUUGAAUCAGAAACUACAUCUUUAUUAGUUCAAUGUCAUUUUAAUUUAAAGUGUUUUUAUACUCCCGACAGCUUGAAAUAACUCCUGUUAAUUUCAUUUGCAAGUAAUUUAAAGACAUUUGCUUUUUCUUUAACUUUAUUUCCAAGGUUCGUAGAUGUUGAAUUACAUUCUGUUGCCAAAAACUAAUUCUAAAAUGCAUGAUACAAGUUUAAUCUCCUAAAGAAAUGGAUAACACAGUUAAAAGAUAUUCCGAAAAAUCCAAAAAUAUGUCACCAUCUUAGAAAAUUACACCAUUUAUUCUGUAGGAAAUGCCAAAUUAGAUGCUUGUUUGACAAUCUGAAUAACUUUUUCAGUUAUCUGCCCCACUAUUCAGCCUUUGUUGCUCAGUGGAACAACGAUUCAGUCCAAAUUCAGUUCCAUUUGAGUCAGAUUCUCCACUUUGGGUUGUAAUAAAAGUUUCAACGAGCCGUGACGUCUGAUGCCGAGAUAAUCCCACUGCCCAAAACUAUCAUGUAUAGCUUAACUACUGAACCCAGGAUGUAAAAAGUGAAUUUCUCUUCACUGCUAAAGGUUUUAGAAUCAGCCUCCUCUGUGUCUGUUUAAGUGGCAGAAGGACCGUCUCGUUUGGGUUGUUCAUGGAUCGGAUGCUGUAGCUGCUCUCUGUGUAGUUCUGUUGCUGUUGCAGUGAUGUGAAGACCAUCGACGACUUUCUGCUGACGUAACUCUGGAUCUGCAGUGUAACUCUGGUUUGGAGGUGUGUGUGUGUGUGUGUGUGUGUGUGUGUGUGUGUGUGUGUAUUUUCUAAAAAACUAGUGUCUAUUUUGGAAUUUUGAUGUUUUGAUGGUGACAGUCACAUUUCUUUUGUAUGUCAACUGUAUGGAACAGUUUGUUUUCAAAUCAAAGUAAAGAGAAAACCAGA